AUGCAUUCCAACUUUACUGUUGCCGGUGCCGUACACAACCUCGAGUCGGUCAUCAAGGAUGCUGCUGAACGGGAACGCCUCCUGAAUGAUGGUCGGGUAUUGAUUAUCAACGUGUGGCGGCCAUUGAAGACAGUGAAGAGGGAUCCGCUUGCUGCUUCUGACUGGAACACGCUGGACUGGUGGCAGGACCGAAUGCUGACCCCACUCAUCUUGCCUGAUGGAGGAUGGAGUUAG